AUGAAAAAAGUGUUUUGGCGGAGUGCCUCUUGCAGUCUGCCGUGCGCUCGGACAGAUUUGGCACCGACGGAACGACUCAUGCAGGCUUCAGGGGCGCUGUUGGUUGCGAAGGUUUCUGUUGCCAACCUCAUCUCGACAUUACCAACAGCCGACAUGUUUGAUGGUGGUGCUCCACAGCAGACUUCCACAACGUCUAGUACUUCCAGGUCGCACAAGGCCUCUUCAUUUCUACCAAGAAAUCAUAGACAGGCAGGCGCAUGGGGAACAUAA